GGCCAUACAGACACUGUUACAGCAGAGCUCUCUGGCCAUACAGACACUGUUAUAGCAGAGCUAACUGACUCUGACCAUAUUGGGCUUCCAAGCACAGAGGAGACGGAGGACGCUAUAGACCCCUUCAGCCCUACAGGAGUCUUCAUAGAGAUCACCAGUGAUCUGCUUGUUGACCUCAGCUCACAGGGUGUGUCUAGUGACAUAGGCCAGGGGUCAACCCUACCUACAGAGACUGAAUCUCUUCAGGGAGACAGCACAGAACCCCCUGCCUUAGAUCAGGAAGCCUCGCCACUGAGGAAGAUAGAGAUUACCGUGGGAACAGACUCUACUGUGUGUAAAGAACAGGUCCAGAGCCACCUGAAUGAGCUAGAGAUCCAUCACAGCAUCUCUGGGCCUGAACCCUCUUCCUGCGCCGUGCCACCCUCCAUCCUGUCUCUGUCCUGCCUCUCUGACUCCAACAACAACACCAAGGCCAGUGAAGGGUCGGUGUCGGGGUCGCCCUGUACAAGGGGUCAGGGGCCAGAGCAGUGGUCCUCCAAGGUAGAGGUAGCCCCCCAGAGCAGCUCAGAGGAGGGUGGGGUUAAAACCGAUGAUGAGUCCCCUUCCCUGACCGAGCCCACCACGUUUACCUCUGACCUCCUGGGGGAGACGACAGAGACCCUAGAGAGACACCUAGAAUACCCCUCUGAGGACUCUGAGGAGUUCCUGUCCUACCUGGACUACAAGCCCUACUGGAGCAGUGAGGACUCAGCCGUGUCCGGGUUGGUGGAUGAGUGUCACUUCAGCUUGGCUGAGGUGGAGGAGCUAGAGAGGCUCCAGGGAGAGGGCUACGGGGACGUCCCUUAUCAGAACCAUACAGACACUGCAGUCUGUAGGAGAGAUAUCUCUAACCAUACAGACACUGCAGGCUGUAGGAGAGAUAUCUCUAACCAUACAGACACUACAGGCUGUAGGAGAGAUAUCUCUAACCAUACAGACACUACAGGCUGUAGGAGAGAUAUCUCUAACCAUACAGACACUGCAGGCUGUAGGAGAGAUAUCUCUAACCAUACAGACACUGCAGGCUGUAGGAGAGAUAUCUCUAACCAUACAGACACUGCAGGCUGUAGGGAGGCUGUAGAGGAGGUAGUUCAUUCUAAUUGUGUUGCUAACAGUCCUUCAGACCUCUCUGACCACUUAGCUUCCUACCUGGAGACCAGAGGCCUGCUAUUAGACAGUGCGGAGAAAGAGGAGGUGCAGGAGUCCAGCCCCCUCCAAUUCCCGAAUCCUCCCUCAGAGGGAGACAGACAGGACUGUAGCAAAUCACCUGAGGCUUUAGGAUCAGAGGAGGAGUACAGCUCGUACAGCUCCUACCUCCAGACCAGCUCUCACCCUGCCCUCCUGCAGCAGGAUCGUGGGGUGAGGAUUGUGAGGUACCCCUACUCCGACGUCAGUCUCAACCUGCUCUCCCUCAGCAGCCUCGAGCCCAUCCUAGAGGCCGACCCCGACCGCUCCCUGUACAACUCUGGGAUUGUGGAGGAUGAGACUGGAGUAGAGGAGGAGGAGGAGCGAAGACAGAGUGUUAGGAUGAGGCCCACUGAGGAAGACAGGGACAGUGUUGUCCUGUCUAGUGACAUCAUCAUGUCCAACUCCACCUCCAGCCCUAAGAGCCCGUUGUGUUGCCCCGAGGACUCAUCCAGUAUUGAGUCAUCAGAGCACCAGCUGGACUCGUUGACCUUUGACCCCGAUGACCCCAGGGUCAUGGCCUUACCAUACGACAGGGACCAUGCGAGCAGCGAGAGACGCUCCAGUCCAACCCCCACCUCUGUGUCCUACGACUUUGACACCACCAGCACUAACAGUGAGGAGACGGAAGAGUCCAUCCUGCCUGUCUCGGGGGGGAACGCCAACCUCCACAAACCCAUGAAGAGCAAGUCUAAAGGUGGCCAGGCAGGGAGGUCCAAGAGCUCUAAGUUUUCUGUCUUUGCCAAGAUGCCUUCUUUCAGGAAGGGGAAGAGUCUGAAGAAUGCCAAGGGGGAGGGCUUGCCCCGGGACUCACUUGACCUGGGCCUGAGCAGGGAUCUGGGGGGUGGACAGGGGGGAGACACCUCGGACGAUGACAGUGUUUUCUUGAAGGGGGACAUCCAGAACCAGACGGUUCAGCAGUCCUUCUCCUCCGGUCUGGGGGGUCGCUACGAGACAGAGGAGGAGGACUACGGCUUCUUACCCUCCACACCUCGCACCCGCCACGUCCGCCUGCUCUUCAGGGAGGGGCCUGGGGACACCCCUGACGGGCCCAGCAGCCCAGACACCACCCUGACCUCCCAGCCCGGAGGUCUCAGACACAACCAGACCAGGGCCCCCGAGGGCCUGCACGGCUACAAGAGGAGCAAGAGCUCUGACAGCCUCAACCUCCGCAUGCGCUUCGCCCAGGCCCACAAGUCCCUGUCCAGCCUGUUCGAGUCUCGCUCCAUGGACAAGGAGAACGAGGAGGAGCAGGGGAGCGUUGAGACGGGGAGAGAAGGGGAGGUGGGGCGAGCCAAUCAUUCUUGGAGGAGGCUAAAGAGAGAGAGGGCCAAGGAGGCAGAGCUGCUGAGGAGGACCCUGUCUGUCCCGGUCGGGGGCGGGGGGGAUGGUGGUGUGAGGACGCCCAGACAGAACCACAGUGACUAUGCGUCCUGCUCUGACUCUGCCUCAGUGCUCAGUGUCCCUGGGUCCCCUUCCUCUCUCAGGGCCCUGUGUCUCACCGACCCCCUCACCAAGAGGGGUUUCCAGGACAGUCACAGCGGGGCCGGGGAGAACACCCCACUGGGCUGCAAGUCAGAGGGCCAGAGGAGGAAAGGGAAAGUCCCACCCAACGGCCUGUCAAUCAACUUCACCGACUCCGGACCGCACUCCUCGGACGACUCUGAAGCCCCACCCACAAACGAUUCCAGCCCCCUGUCGCCCAUGAGCCCCGCCUCUCUGGCCGCCCUAGCCAAUCAGCUGUCUUGGUCCAGCUCCAGGUCCCCAGGAGGAGCCUAUGAGAGCACAGCGUCUAGCAUGGCAGCUACACCAGACACCCCAGUGAGACCCAUGAGUCCCAAGCCCCACAGCCCCAGACCGGCUGCCCAACGCAGGCCCUUCCGCUACCCCAAUUCUGCCUCAGCCCGGGCCUCAGCCCUGUCCCUGCUCCUCAUGGCUCAGUCAGCCAGUGUAGAGGGCUUGUCUGACCCACCAGAGAAGCCCAAGACCCUGAAACCCAGAGCGGGGCCGCUAGGCUCCUCCUCCCUCAGUCCAUUGGAGGACAGCGGAGUAGACAGCCAAUCCCAGAUCAGCCUGCUCACACCUAUGUCAAUCAACCAGUUUGAGACUCAGGGUGGCUGUAGACCCACAAGCCAGGCAGGAGGAGGGAAGAGGCUAGCAGAGCUGAAGUCUCCUGGUUCUGGACUGGUCACUACUGCCUCAGCCCUCAGAACACCAUCAGGCCACAGGCCAAACAUGGAGCGGGACAGGGGUCCGAGAUGCCACCGCUGCUCCUCAGACGACCUGUGGAUCGAAGAGGAGAAGAGACGGAAGCGGAAGCUGGCCCGAGUCGUGAGGGGCAGCCUGGGACAACUCAACACACACUGUCCUGAAAAUCUGGAGAAAGCUCGGGCGCGAGUGUCCCUGUCGACAAUGGAUGCGUUCUCCGGGAUGCCCCUGAAGGCCCACUGCUUCUCCCAGAGCACCCCCAUCGGACUGGACUGUCUGGGCUGGAGACGACGCAUCUCCUACCCCUCGGUGAUAGUACCAGACGGAGGUGGAGAGAAGGCCAGUCUGGGUGAUGAUCUAGGCAGUGACGAAGACCUGUAUGAAGAGUUCCGCAGCUCCGGACAUCGCUUUGGACACCCAGGGGGAGGUGGAGAACAACUGGCCAUAAAUGAGCUGAUCAGUGAUGGCAGCUGUGUGUACGCCGAGGCCCUGUGGGACCAUGUCACCAUGGACGACCAGGAGCUGGGCUUCAAGGCGGGGGACGUCAUCGAGGUAGUGGAUGCCACCAACAAGGAGUGGUGGUGGGGACGCAUCCUGGACAGUGAGGGCUGGUUCCCAGCUAGCUUUGUUCGGUUGCGUGUGAACCAGGAUGAGCCCAUGGAGGAGUACCUAGCCCAGCUGGAGGAGGCUGGUGCUGGGGAAGAGGACCGGCCAGGGGUGGGUCUGAUCCUGGGACCAGGCCUGCCAUGUAAGGACCAGAUGAGGACUAACGUUAUCAAUGAAAUCAUGAGUACAGAGAGAGACUACAUCAAACACCUCAAAGACAUCUGUGAGGGUUACAUCAAGCAGUGCCGUAAGAGGAUAGACAUGUUCACAGAGGAGCAGCUGCGGUGUAUCUUCGGCAACAUCGAAGACAUCUACCGCUUCCAGAAGAAGUUACUGAAAGGUCUGGAGAAGAAGUUCAACAAGGAGCAGCCGCACCUCAGCGAGAUCGGAUCCUGCUUCCUCGAACACCAAACAGACUUCCAGAUCUACUCGGAGUACUGUAACAAUCACCCAAACGCCUGUGUGCAGUUGUCCAGACUGAUGAAGACCAACAAGUAUGUGUUCUUCUUCGAGGCCUGUCGUCUGCUCCAGAAGAUGAUUGACAUCUCGCUGGAUGGGUUCCUGCUCACGCCCGUCCAGAAGAUCUGCAAGUACCCUCUGCAGCUGGCCGAGCUACUGAAAUACACCAACCCCCAGCAUAGGGACUAUAAGGACGUGGAGGCUGCCUUGAACGCCAUGAAGAACGUGGCCAGGCUGAUCAAUGAGAGGAAGCGGCGCUUGGAGAACAUAGACAAGAUCGCCCAAUGGCAGAGCUCCAUAGAGGACUGGGAGGGAGAAGACAUCCUCAGUAUGAGUUCAGAUCUGAUCUUUUCUGGAGAGCUGACGAAGAUCUCCCAGCCUCAGGCCAAGAGCCAGCAGCGCAUGUUCUUCCUCUUCGACCACCAGAUGGUCUACUGCAAAAAGGACCUCCUGCGCAGGGACAUGCUGUACUAUAAGGGUCGCAUGGACAUGGACCUGAUGGAGGUGGUGGAUGUGGAGGACGGUAAGGAGAAGGACUUCAACGUGUCAGUGAAGAACGCUCUGAAGCUGCGCUCGCUGGCGGGGGAUGAGGUCCACCUGCUGUGUGCCAAGAAGCCUGAGCAGAAACAACGCUGGCUCCGAGCCUUCCAGGACGAGAGGACGCAGGUGCAGCAUGACCUCGAAACAGGAUUCUCCAUCACUGAGGUCCAGAAGAAACAGGCCAUGCUGAACGCCUGCAAAAGCCAUCCAGCUGGGAAGCCCAAAGCAGUGACCCGGCCCUACUAUGACUUCCUGCUGCGUCAGAAGCACCCGUCUCUGCCCAGCACCGUACCCCAGCAGCAGGUCUUCAUGCUGGCUGAGCCUAAACGCAAGGCAACCACCUUCUGGCAAAACAUCGGCAGACUGACACCUUUCAAGAAGUGAAACGCCGGCGAGGAGAGGCGGUUUAGAGGAGAAGGCUAAUGCCUGAACUGACUUUUUUAUCCUCUAUUUUUCUUUGUUAUACAUAAUGUUAUCCUAAUUCAUAUUCUGAUUAUUGUGAAAGAUGAACAUGAUUAUGACGAUGAUGAUAUUUUUUCUUUGAGAAAGCACUUUAUAGGUUGGUUACAAUCAGACUUGGGAAUGGUUCUCCCGGACAUUGUGUAUACGUUGGGAGAAUGUUACUAGGACUAUUAUACCUGCUACUGCUACUACAACUUCAACCAAGCACCGAUUGGUACUAAUAUUACUACUGCUGUGUGAUCAUGUGACUGCCAAUGAGGCUCCUCUUUUUUGAAAGACGUUGACUGACGCAACUAAAUGAUUUUUUCCCAGUGUUUUUGUUUUGUUUCGACAAAUGCCAACUGUUCACAGUGCCAGAUCAAUUUUGCUUUUGUAUUUAAGUUUGUGCUGUGUAUGUUAUUGAAAAAAAAGGUGAAAAAGGGGGAUAAAGUUUAUUGUACUUCU